CUUUACUGAGAGAGAAACCCUACAGAGCCACUGUGUGUGUGUGUGUGGAAGAGUGUGUGUGUGAGCGUCUCAGUCCGAGUGCAGCCAUGGCCAAGCUGGUGGAGUGUGUGCCCAACUUCUCUGAGGGACGAAAUAACGAGGUGAUUAAGGCCAUCGCCGAUGCCGUUUCUGCUACAGAGGGCUGCAGCGUGCUGGACGUGGACCCCGGAGCCUCCACUAACCGCACCGUGUACACGUUCGUGGGUUCUCCACAGGCCGUGGUGGAGGGAGCGCUGAACGCCGCACGUGCUGCUUUCACCCUCAUCGACAUGACCAAGCACAAGGGCGAGCACCCCCGGAGCGGCGCUAUGGACGUGUGUCCCUUCAUCCCAGUGCAGAACACCAGCAUGGAGGAGUGUGUGACGUGCGCUAAUGAGUUCGGGAGGAGAUUAGCGGAGAUGCUGCAUGUACCAGUGUACCUGUACGGAGAGGCGGCGAGGAGCGAAAGCAGGCGUUCUCUGCCGUCUAUCCGUGCUGGAGAGUAUGAAGCUUUACCGGAGAAGCUGAAGAAGAGCGAGUGGGCUCCAGACUUCGGUCCGGCGACGUUUGUCCCUUCUUGGGGCGCCACAGUCACCGGAGCUCGAAAAUUCCUCAUCGCUUACAACGUAAACCUCCUGAGCACCAAGGAACAAGCUCACCGAAUCGCCCUGGACAUCCGGGAGCAGGGCAGGGGCAAAGGACAGCCGGGGCUGCUGAAGAAGGUGCAGGGGAUGGGCUGGUAUCUGGACGAGGCUAACCUGGCCCAGGUGUCCACCAACAUCCUGGACUUCGAGGUCACUCCGCUCCACACCGUCUACGAGGAAAUCUGCAGAGACGCAAGGGAGUUGAACCUGUCGGUAGUCGGCUCUCAGAUUGUCGGUCUGAUUCCUCUGAAAGCCGUGCUGGACUGCGCCGAAUUUUACAUCCAGAAAGAGAAACUCUUCAUCUUAGAAGAGGAGCACAAAGUGCGGCUGGUCAUUAGCAGACUGGGUUUGGACUCUCUGGGGCCGUUUGUUCCUAAAGAGAGAAUCGUAGAGUACAUGGUGAAAGCCAAUCAGAUUGAGGGACAGCUGGCGUCUCUUUCUCUGCGCCAGUUUGUCCAGAGUGUCGGCGCUCGAACCCCGGCGCCUGGAGGGGGGUCCGUUUCCGCAGCGAUCGCUGCCAUGGGCGCGGCUCUGGGCUGUAUGGUGGGACAGAUGACGUACGGUAAGAAGCAGUUCGAGGCGUUGGAUGGUGUGAUGCGGAGACUCAUCCCUCCUUUCCACCAGGCCAUGAACGAGCUGCUGCUGACUGUGGACGCUGAUUCUACUGCCUUCAACAGCUACAUGGCUGCGCUGAAAAUGCCCAAAAGCACAGCGGAGGAAAUUCAGAGGAGAGACGAGGCCAUGCAGGACGGACUGAAGAAAGCCGUCAGCGUCCCCAUGUCUCUGGCUGAGAGAGUGACGCUGCUGUGGCCAACACUGAAGGAGCUGGUGAUGUACAGCAACCUGGCCUGCAAAUCAGACGUCCAGGUAGCAGCUAAAGCUCUGGAGACGGCUGUGUUUGGUGCUUACUACAACGUCAUCAUCAACCUGAAAGACAUCACUGAUGAGACGUUCAGGAAAGAUAUGGAGGAGCGAGCGUCUGCACUGCUAAAGCAGGCUACAGAGAGAGUUAAUGAAGUGCUGAACGCCGCAAGCAAACGCCACUGAACACACACACACACACACACAUAUACACACACUCACUAACACACAGCAAAUGAGUAUUUAUCUCCAAAGUUCAGCAUUAUAGUAAACACACUAACACACACACUAGCAUUACAGUAACACACUAACACACACACUAGCGUUAUAGUAAACACACUCUCACACACACUAGCGUUAUAGUAAACACUAACACACACACUAGCGUUAUAGUAAACACUAACACACACACUAGCGUUAUAGUAAACACACUAACACACACACUAGCAUUACAGUAACACACUCACACACACACUAGCGUUAUAGUAAACACACUAACACACACACUAGCGUUAUAGUAAACACACUAACACACACACACUAGCGUUACAGUAAACACACUCACACACACACACUAGCGUUACAGUAAACACACUAACACACACACACUAGUGUUACAGUAAACACACUAACACACACACACUAGUGUUACAGUAAACACACUAACACACACACUAGCGUUAUAGUAAACACACUAACACACACACUAGCGUUAUAGUAAACACACUAACACACACACACUAGUGUUACAGUAAACACACUAACACACACACACUAGCGUUACAGUAAACACACUCACACACACACACUAGCAUUACAGUAAACACACUAACACACACACUAGCGUUAUAGUAAACACUAACACACACACUAGCGUUAUAGUAAACACACUCACACACACACACUAGCGUUACAGUAAACACACUAACACCCACACUAGCGUUAUAGUAAACACACUAACACACACACUAGCGUUAUAGUAAACACACUAACACACACACUAGCGUUAUAGUAAACACUAACACACACACUAGCGUUACAGUAAACACACUAACACACACACACUAGUGUUACAGUAAACACACUAACACACACACUAGCGUUAUAGUAAACACACUAACACACACACACUAGCAUUACAGUAAACACACUAACACACACACACUAGUGUUACAGUAAACACACUCACACACACACACUAGCAUUACAGUAAACACACUAACACACACACACUAGUGUUACAGUAAACACACUAACACACACACUAGCGUUAUAGUAAACACACUAACACACACACACUAGCGUUACAGUAAACACACUCACACACACACACUAGCGUUACAGUAAACACACUCACACACACACACUAGCAUUACAGUAAACACACUAACACACACACACUAGUGUUACAGUAAACACACCAACACACACACUAGCGUUACAGUAAACACACUAACACACACACACUAGCGUUAUAGUAAACACACUAACACACACACUAGCGUUACAGUAAACACACUAACACACACACUAGCGUUAUAGUAAACACACUAACACACACACUAGUGUUACAGUAAACACUAACACACACCUGUAGUAAUUCAGAGCUCAUUCUGAUACACCACACACACACACACACACACACACACACACACACGGCAGUACAUGUUCCACAUGAGUGUGAGUAUCAGGACCUGGAUGAAACACAGAGCAGUUGUAUGGUGUGUGUGUGUGUGUGUGUGUGUGUGUGUGUGUGUGAUUCUCUAACAGACACACAGCACUCUUCCACUUCGUGAUCAUUAAUGAUUUAAACACGUUUAUAAUAAAAUCCUUUGACACUCUGA